GUUGGUCAUCAAAUUACGAUGUUCGCGCUGCCCAAUCGGAAUCUCAAGAACCAUCCGGAAGCUGGAAGCCGAGAUUUCAUCCGGAGCUGAACGUACGCUACAUUGGCUUUCCCCACGCGGUCUGGCAGCGGAGUCCUGGAGCGCAAGAUCUUAAAGAUCAAAUCAUGCAUCGCCUUGUGUCCUACCUGCGAUCUCCUGGGACAUUACACUCUGCAAAUAGUUCCCAACUCGUUGAAUACUCAGGAUGCCGGUUUUCCAAGAAACAUCCAAUUCUGAUAGAGACCUCAGAACCCUUCCAUCUCGUGCGCUUCCUUUGCCACGUCUUUCACCGAAGCCAGACCUCUCGUCGGGUCCAGAAGAGAGACGAGAAGUUGUGGUCAUAGGCGCUGGACCGAGUGGUCUGUUUCUGACCCUACUGCUGGCUAGAUAUGGCAUCACUGGCUCUUCAUUGCUUUGUCUAGACUCGAAACCGGAGACUUUGAAGGCUGGGCAGGCAGAUGGUGUGCAGCCCCGAACGCUGGAAGUUUUACAAAGCCUCGGUCUCGCUGGCGAGAUCAUAGCUGAAGGUUGCCACAUGGAGGAGGUCGCGUUCUGGAAUGCAGUGUCUCCAAAUCCUCAAGGGGCUCACAAUAGCUUCAAGAAAGGGAUCGAACGAUCUGAAUUCGUGCCCGAUGUCAAUGUUUCUGCGCGAUUUCCCUUCGAGGUCACAAUCCACCAAGGUCGCAUCGAGCGGAUACUUCAAGAUAACCUUCAUCUAUACGCCCCAGAAGAUACAAUCCGAAGAUCGCAUCGCUUCCUUGAAUUCUUCGUGGACGAGUCACAAACCGAGUUCCCCAUCCUCGUUAGAUACGAAUACGAUGACAUCGAUGGUACUACAAAGCAAAGCUUGGUCCGAACCAAGUAUCUUGUGGGAGCAGAUGGCGCACGCUCACGAGUACGAACGUGCAUGGGACUGAGCCUUCAGGGCGAGACGACGGACCACAUAUGGGGAGUCUGUGAUUUUGUUGCGACCACAGACUUUCCGGACAUCCGCAAGCGAUGUGCGGUGCACUCAGAUUCGGGUUCGGUGAUGGUCAUUCCCAGAGAGCAAAUUGCUACAGGCGAGUAUCUUACCCGCCUGUAUGUACAAGUACCCGGAGAAGUCAAUGCAGACCAAGAUUGUGGUACGGAUAAGAAAUCAGCCGAUAAAAAGAAGCGCGGGGCUGUGAGUCUAGACUACAUCUUCCAGCAAGCACGUGCAGUCUUCUCUCCGUAUGAGAUAGCGAUCAAGGAAGGCACCACACCAGACUGGUGGGCUGCGUACCAGAUAGGCCAACGGAUGGCGCCCAAAUUUUCCGCAAGGUCUCCCGACGGCAUCGAAAGGAUCUUCAUCGUUGGUGAUGCAUGCCAUACACACAGUCCAAAAGCUGGGCAAGGCAUGAACGUGUCUAUGAUGGACUCCUACAACCUCGCAUGGAAGCUUGUACACGGUAUCAAUGGACUGACUCCGCCUCCACCAUCUGGAGCAGCAGAUCCAGUACUGGAAACUUUCGAAUCAGAGCGUGCCGAUACGGCUCGCCAGCUCAUCGAUUUCGACUCGACAUUUUCUCACAUCUUCUCUGGCAAGUUCGGCUCAAGAGAUAGUGCAAUGUCAGGACUCACACACAAAGAGUUCCUCCGCGUCUUUAAAGAAGGCAGCGGAUUCACAAGUGGAUGUGGUUUGCAUUAUAAACCGAGCAGGUUGAUCAGGAUUCCAGCUGGAAGUCUGACCAGACUCCUUACCAACGAUGAUAUGCUUUGCGGUGCACUGGUUCCGGGUAGAAGACUCCUUAACGUUGAGGUGAAAAGGUAUGCAGAUGCAACUACCCGGCAGUUGCAAGACGAAUUGCCUUCGAUAGGUCGGUACCGCAUCAUCGUACUCGCAAGCAACGAUCUUCUUGAUGCGUCCGGCCGCUCGCAGUCUUCAUUGCGGUCAUGCAUUAAAACCAUGCAGCACUUCCCUGGUGGUGCCAUAGACCUUGCAGUGCUUCACCCCUUGAAAACGCGAUUUGAGUGGACCGAUAUUCCCGCAGGCGUCAAGCAGCUUGCUGAGAUGCGCACAUAUGGACUGUCACAGAGGGAAGAUGCCUAUGAAUUAUACGUCGUGUCCAAAGACGAGGGCCUGGUUGCUGUGGUGAGGCCUGACGGGUAUGUGGGAACGCUAGCGUCAUUAUCUGGCACGGACGAGGUGGAAGCAUAUCUUCGCUCCUGUCUGGUACCGGUUUGAGAUCGCGUGGUUCUGUUUGCG